GUGGAAAUUUGCAUAUAAACUUCAUAUAAAAAAAUGAAAAAAUCUUAUCUAACUUUCUCCGUGCUGUUUUGUGGGCGACUUUCACAAACAGCUGUCGUGUAGAAAUAGUGAAAACCCAUGUCUGUUUAAUAAUGUGCAUUUCAUUUCUUAUUGCAGCAUGUCUGCUCGUAGUUGGAAGGAUCCACUUCGAAUCAGCAAAUUUUAAAUCGUUUUUACCCGAUAAACCUUUUUUCCUCUAUUAUUUUAUAUGCAAUUUUCAAGUGUUAAAAUUAAUAGCAAACACACACACACACAAAAGUUACUAAUAAAAUGUUCUAUUUUCAACUGAAAGUGAGUCCCACACAUGGAAUGUUUUGUGCAAACGACUGGCGCUCUUUGUUUCUCAAUGUUUGCGUUCUUGCUGUCAGUGCAGUUUUUCUCAAUAAACAUUCAAUUACGAUGCCGUUAUCACUCUCUGGUGCCGUCUCUCGCAUCGGGGAUUUGAUGGUGUUGUGAGCUGCACAAUUUACAUUUGCCGAAACCAGUUCAACGUUUUGAAGUGACUCUGGUUAAGUAGAAAUCAGCUGUUCAUCUGAUUCUAAAUCUGUCCGUGCGUACGGCGGUGAGGGCGGUUGCGUUUCGUUUGCAUUCCAAAACGACUGAAAACCGGGAUCAUAUUGCAUUGUGCUGUUGAGUGGAACGCGCGGCAUGAAUUUGAGCAGCUCCGGUGGAGGCGGUACCGGCACCUCAGCGAACACUUCUGGCAGCAGCGGCGGUAGCGGAGGCUCCUACUCGGCCGUCGGAGGCGGCAGUGUUGGUGCCGGAGGUAGCAGUGCAAACGGUGCCAACGUUAGUGCGGCAACAGGUAGUGGAGGGUACGGUAGCGGCAGUGGAGGUUCGGGCAGCGAGAUGCCUGCGGAAAUUAUUCGCCCAAAGGUUGUGACGGUGAAGCACCCGGAAUCGAACAAACCGAAACCGACCACCAAGAAAGGAAAAGCGAUACAAGCCGAUGUGGACGUCAUCAAAGAAUUCCAGCGCUGCAAGGAGGAGAAUAUUCAGCGGCUGGAUUUGAGCAAAUCCUCCAUCACGGUCAUACCGGCCUCGGUUAAAGACUGCACGAGCUUGGUCGAGUUCUAUCUGUACGGAAACAAGAUCUCCUCGCUGCCCCCGGAGAUUGGAUGUCUGGCGAAUCUGAAAACGUUGGCGCUGAACGAGAAUUCCCUUACGUCGCUACCUGACUCGCUGCAAAAUUUAAAGCAACUCAAGGUGCUCGAUUUGCGGCAUAAUAAGCUGUCGGAUAUACCGGAUGUGAUUUACAAGCUGCACACCUUAACUACACUCUAUCUGCGCUUUAACCGAAUCCGUGUCGUAGGAGACAAUCUGAAGAAUCUAAGCAGCUUGACGAUGCUGAGCUUGAGAGAGAACAAGAUUCACGAGCUACCAGCAGCAAUCGGUCAUCUAGUGAAUCUGACGACAUUGGACCUUUCGCACAAUCACCUGAAGCAUCUGCCCGAAGCGAUUGGCAAUUGCGUUAACCUAACUGCACUGGAUCUGCAGCAUAACGAUCUACUGGACAUACCGGAAUCGAUAGGUAAUUUGUCGAACCUGAUGCGACUCGGGUUGCGCUACAACCAGCUGACGUCAAUUCCAGUGUCACUGAAAAACUGCACGCAUAUGGACGAGUUCAACGUGGAGGGGAACGGUAUCAGCCAGCUGCCGGAUGGGUUGCUAGCGAGCUUAAGCAACUUGACCACGAUCACUCUAUCGCGGAAUGCGUUCCAUAGCUAUCCAUCUGGCGGCCCAGCCCAGUUUACGAACGUGACAAGCAUCAAUCUGGAGCACAAUCAGAUCGACAAGAUACAGUAUGGAAUAUUUUCCCGUGCCAAAGGACUAACUAAGCUGAACAUGAAGGAGAACGCGCUGACUUCGCUACCGCUCGACAUCGGUACCUGGACCCAGAUGGUGGAGCUAAACUUCGGUACCAACUCGCUGACGAAGCUUCCGGACGACAUACACUGCCUGCAAAACCUGGAGAUUCUCAUUCUAUCGAACAACCUGCUGAAGCGAAUACCAAACACGAUAGGCAAUCUGAAGAAGUUGCGCGUGCUCGAUCUCGAAGAAAAUCGACUAGAGUCGCUGCCGUCGGAGAUCGGGCUGUUGCACGAUUUGCAGAAGUUGAUACUGCAGUCGAAUCAGCUGAGCGCACUACCACGUACAAUCGGUCAUCUGACAAACCUGACGUACCUGUCGGUCGGGGAAAACAAUCUGCAGUUCCUGCCGGAGGAGAUCGGCACGCUGGAGAACCUGGAAUCGCUCUAUAUUAACGAUAAUCCAUCGCUAAUUAAGCUACCGUACGAGCUGGCCCUGUGCCAGAAUCUUGCGAUUAUGAGCAUCGAAAACUGUCCGCUGUCGGCUCUUCCACCAGAGGUAGUCAGUGGGGGUCCAAGUCUCGUCAUACAGUACCUCAAGCUUCAUUCGCCAUACCGACAAAUGUGAUUUGCUAGCAAAACGAUCGCUCUUUGCCGCGAGCAUUGCGUGUGUAGUGCUUUCCAUGCGUAUAGAUUGUGGAUCGCGCCGUGCCCUUCGUUAUCCUUUUCGGCCUAGCCGUCGAUAUUGUGUUUAAUGUUGUGAAACCACCCCCCUCCCAAACCAAAACCACGCCACGGAUGGAAAUCACAUUUAAAAUAGCAUACAAAAUAAACGAAAUGCACAUACGAGAAAAAAAAAACACACACAGACACAAACACAAAAGAAAUUCAAUCAAUGUGAUUAAAAUAAAGCUUUAAUGUUAUUGCUUAUUAAAUAAAAAACAAACAAAAAAGGAAUACACAAAGCAUACGACAGCGUGGACGUCAAAUUAGCGCUCAGUGCAGAAUGUAACGGCAAAUGCGGUAUUUAUGAACUCUAUUCAUCAAAACGAACCGCGACCGAUAAACAAAACAAAAUACUUCGUUAUUGUUUCAUAAACUGUUAACUGAAAUUGUGUGUGCGAAUGGAAAUGCUCUCGAUCGGUCUCCUUUAGUGUUGUGUUUUACAUGUUUUACGGCGUGCACGAAGGACUAGUUGUCUUUUCCCUUACUGGAAACAGUGAAAACAAGAAGAAAUGUGACAAUAGUGGCAAAAGCUGACGCGAAAUGAACGACAGUAUUCAUUGGAUGGAAUUUUUAAAUUGCGAUACACCUACAUUUGAAGUGAUAGUUUGCUGGAGAACCACAUAUUAUUGUACUUGCACGAGACUUUCGAUUGGGAUAUGAUGGAAUUGCUACAAGUAGUUACAAUUUCGACUUCUUGAUUGAGUUCCCCGAGUUUCUACCUAAUUAUAAUACAAAAAAUCAAUACCCAGGAAAUAUAUCUUUCGAAUGGAUAAUUUACACAUACAACUUGCAAAAGGAACCGUGAUUUAAAAAACAUAUUAUGUGUAUGUGCGAUAUUAAAAAAAACUUUUACUAGUGUCUAACAACUUGAAUGAUUUAUUUGAUGUUUUAUUACAUUUGAUGAUUUCUUUUUGAAAGCGGAUUAUUAUCAUCAAUCUAUGAGAAGAUGUGAAAAUCAUGAAGCUAAGAUGCUAUAGAUUUUAUUCGGCAUAACUAUCAAAGUAAUUCCUACAGUGACAGGGUCGAUAUUGUUUAUUAUGUUUUAUUCGUUAAAAACGGUUUUAUAAUCCCAUAGAACGGACAGUUCGGUUAUUUGGUAAAUUUUCUUUGUUCGGUAUAGUAUUUGCGAAAAAAAGAGUGGUUGGCAAGAAAUGAUUUUAUGAAUGUUAUUUUAAACAAAUAGUUUGAUAAGCGAUAAUGUAUCAUUUCUUGUAAUUGUAACAUUAUUCAUGGCAAUAUGAGGAUUCCGGAUGACAGAUUACUGCAACGAAUUUAAAGUUUUUGAACGUUAAUGUGAAUGAAUAGUAGAAACGUUAAACGAAGGAACAAAAACAUAAAUAUGUGUUUGAAUGGUGCGUACGCUAAAAGUAACGUUUGUAUAACUUGUAUGAGUUUGGGAGAGUGCACGAGACUCAUUGAUUUGACUAUGCGCUUUUAAAAGCAAAUUGUGACCAUUUCAAACUUUUGUUUGCGAAUAUCCUUUGGAUCGUCAUUUUAAUCUAGUCAUUAAAAAACAAUAAAUUUGAUUAUUUUAGUUGCACAGUGUGGUGUGACCUGAGGCUAAAUAGUAAAGAUUAAGUGUAAACGGAAAAAACUAAGAUAAAAAUAUCUAUGACAAAAAAAUGAAACAUUUAAAAGAAGUUAGCAAACACAAACACAGUUUAAGCAGCUCAAACAGUUUAACAAUCUGGUACCCAGAAAUCAGUUAAAACAACGUAGAGUGGAAUGCGUAAAUGGCCUAAAUAAUUAAAUGUAGCGAUGAAAAACUAAUACUAAAGAAGCUAAUUGAACAGUAGAAAACACGACACAAAAAAGAAAACAUGCGCUAACACGAUAAAAAUAAAAUAACGUGUACAUUGUAAGGAUUGUGUGCAAAUGAAGCGAAACUUCCUUACACAAUUAAAAUGUAAAACAUGACGUAAAAAUAUCAGUUUAAAUGUUACAAAAAUGCGACGAUGCACGCAAGACAACAACACAGGUUGAUCUCUUACUAUCGUUGAGAUUUAUAAAAAUUACGCGUAAAUCAUUCAUACGUCGGACUGCUAUGGUAAUGUCACAAACAAAUAGAUCCGCUGUAUCGUGUUAUAUAUAGCGUGUGUUCGUCAAAGAUCGAAUUUAACAGAAAAAAAUAAAGGAAUUGACAUUUUUAAGUACGAUACAUCAUAAAAAGCAUGAAUGUCAUUCCAAUUGGCACAAAAAAAACUGGGAAAUGUUAGGGAAAAGUGUUUUGAAAAGUUCUCCUUGCUGCACAACACACACUAUUAUAUGAAUACGUACACACUGUUGUUCCCUUGCUCAACUUCCGUGUUU